UUUUGGAACACACAAAUGAAAAAAAAAAAAGAAGAAAAACUUGUAACCCACGUACACCACAGCACCACCUUUGUGAUGUUCCUUCCACAUAGCACCCCACAGUACACAAGAAAAUUUCCCCAUAUAUUACAUCUACUUCUCCCACCGCUUAUCUCGCCCGCCUCCACGCCUCAUCGGAGACACAAACACACUCACUCACCUCUGGCUUCCCUCUAUUUUCUCCUGCUUUCGUAUCCACACAUAACCCUUUCCGCAUUUCAACCUUUAGAUUCCUCUCUCUCUCUCUCUCUUCUCUCUUCUCUCUCCCCUCUUUUCAAUCCACACAAACACAUCGCUAGUUUUGCGUCUCUGUUUACUGCGUCUUCCUGUUUAUAUAUAUAGUUCCGGCCGUGAAUACGCGUCUCCCGGCCUGCGGUGUACGUAGUAGUGUAUACAUACAGGGCGGUUGUACGUAUUAUGAACCACCAGGUGGGAAUGGGGGGCGGAGGAGGUUAUUGUUGUGAGCUUUGCAAAGGAGAGGCCGCCGUUUGUUGCCCUUCGGAUUCCGCGUUUCUGUGUUGGAGCUGUGACGCUAAGGUUCAUCAGGCGAAUUUUCUCGUUGCUCGCCAUCUUCGUUUUAUUGUUUGCAGUGUGUGUAAAUCCGUGACGGGGAAUCGAGUCUCCGGUGUCCGGGAGGGUCCGUUUUCCGAUCUGUGCCGUUCCUGUUCGCCGGUGGAUGAGGAGGAGGAGGAUCUGGAUGCGCUUUCUUCUUCCUCGACUUGUGUUUCCAGCGCGCAUAGUUCGUGUAGCCGGAAGAGCGGGAGGUUGUCGGAAUGCUCGGAUUCCGACCGCGAUUUUGAGAAGAAAAGUCAGAAGAGACCGCCGCGGGGGGCGAGAUCGGAGGCGGUGGAUCCGGUGGCGGAGGGCAUUUUCGUCAAUUGGUGCGCGCGGCUGGGAAUCGGGGGCGGGGAGGAUAAACACGUGACGCGGAAAGCUCGCGGCGCGUUUCGGCUUUGCUUGGCUCACAUGACGGCUCUGCCCUACCGGGUCUCCCUCGCCGCGUCUCUAUGGUUCGGCUUGAGGAGGUGCCCCGGAAAACCCGGGCACACGUGGCGAGCUCUGAGGAGGCUGGAGCAGAUCUCCGGCGUGCCGGCUAAGCUCAUCGCCAGCGCGGAGUCGAAGCUUCAGCUGGCGGAAAAAGCCGGGAAGCAACGGCGCCAGUGGCUGACGGAAGGCUGGGAUGAGUGCUCGGUUUAAUUUGAUUCGAUCGCGUCGCAGCUCGCCAACUAAGUAGCUUAGCUAGGCAGCUAGCUAAUGGAUGAAGCCGGCUUUGAUUUUGAUUGAUCUUUUAGACAAAGAUUCGCUGAUUCUCUCCGAUGUCGGAAAUAACCAACUCUCUCUCUCUCUCUUUCUCUCACUAUCUCUCUCCCCUUUUUUCCUUUCUUCUAAACUGACCGUAGCUACUAGGUAGCUAGGUUUAGAGAAUUGUUAGAUGGAUGGGGAAAUUGGGUUUUCCCCUACUGUUCGAUCGAGCUACUAUGCAUGCUGGUAUGCAUUUUGGGAUGGUUCCAACUAUUGAAGCUAGCGUGGAUGUCGUCUUGUCUCUGUACAAUUGUACCGUACUAGAAAAGCUACUACAACGUUAGUUGCUGUUUUCUGGGCUUCAUUUUAAAUGUUGUAACCUAGCUUGCAGCUGGUAAAUUAAAACCAUGUUUCUUAUGUCUAUGCCACAUCAAAUUAUGAACCAAAAACAAUACAAAUGGUAACAAUUUGAAGUCGAAAGUUGUU